CCCACACACUCAACACUUCCUACUUCAGUGCUCACUCGGCUGCAGGAAGUCAGAGGUCUCUGUGAAGCAGCAGCGAGCUAUGCUGCACCUCAGAGAAGCACGACUCCCUCCGUCGCUACUGUCUCCUGUUCUCCAGACGCGGCAGAGUGACUGACUUAAGACCCUGGUGUCCACAGAGCAAAUCAACGCUACCACUGCAGCCAACCCAGGAGGGCAGCUUUCCUAGGCUCCGCCACCUUCCUGAGCCUGGCCUGAAACAAUUCCAGGUAGCUGUGGGAUCUGGAGCUGAAACUCACAACACAAUAGAGGCCCGGACAGGGCCCAGUGACCCAGACCUAGAGCAAAGAAGGAAACUCACAGGACUGUGCCUCAGAUCUUAACCUAGGCCUCCACGUGCCCAUCUUGAAAAUAUUCUGUUUCCUUACCUACCUCCCAACACUGGGUUCUGAGGGGCCGUGGAGGGCGUGAGGCGAAUAAAACACUGGAUAUCAGGAAUGAAAGAUGCCAUCACCAUGACAGAGUGAGGACCCUACCAGGAUCGUCUUCCUAAAUGCCAUCCUCCUCGAAGCCUUCCCUGGCCAGACCUUCACCCCUUCACGGUACCCCUUCGGAGCAAAGCUUCCGCCUCACCAGAUCCUCCACGCCCGGCGCCUCUCGGGUGGGACUCCCUCCCGUGGAGUCCACCCCGCCCUCCUCGCUGCUCGUCCGGAUCCCCCUUAGACGGACCCCUCAUAAGAUCUCAUCUUCCUCCAGCAUUCCCCGCAUCUCGGCGAGUCCCCGCUAGGCUGGCCUCCCCGAUAGCACCUCCUCCACCCCCACCCCCUGAGCAGGUGCUCUCCCUAACUUGUCUCCAGGUCCCUCAGCAGUUGCUCCCUUUAGCAUCGCCCCAGAACGUCCCCUCAGCAAGUGCUCUCCCUAACCAGCCCCACGUUGAUCCCCUCCUUGCGUGAUGCCCUCGGGAGCCCCAUCCGCCGGAGGUCCCCCAUUCAGCAGGUGCCCCAUCAGCCGGGUCGCCACGCCCCGCGGGUCCCUGCCCCCGGGGGCUCGCACACGGCUGGCUCUCCUCCGCCAGCCCCCGCCUUUCCCUCGCCCACCCCCUUCCUCUCAGCCAGCGGCCCCUCACCGGCGCGGCGGGUUCCUCAGCUGCACCGUCUCCAUGGCGCUGCCGGCAGCCGCCCUGACCCGCUCAGUGCUCCAUCCUCCCCGAGGACCUCCCAGAGCCCGCCCCGCAGACCCUCCCACACUUCCGCUUUCCGCCCACACCGGAAGCGGUGCGCGGCGCGGGGAGCUGGGCGGGGCCGCGAGGACGGCCGGCGUCACGUGGUGCGCAGGGGCGUGGACCCAGAACAGUAGAGGCUCUUGUCCUGAGCGGCUUAAGCCUGGCUCGGGACUCGAAGAUGUCUCGUUGCGACGCUGUUUGCCCAAGACAGUGGGUCCCCGGGCCUGGAACCCAUCUCUGCCUCAAUCGCGACCCCUCUUUUCUCAGACGGAGGUGCCGGGACUUCCUGCGAAGCGCCGGCUUGAUAGGAACGGCGGAUUCUUAACAAGCCACGUCGUACGCGAUUCCCGGGAAGCGCUGCUCCAGGGACUCCUGGAGGUCCCCCUAGCGUGUAAGCGCGUGUGAGCAGGGACCUGGCCUCUCGCACGGUUUCCCGCGUGGCGUCCUAGCAACCCCAGGGGCCCCGCACAGCUCGAGGCGGAGC